AAAAGUGCUCAGCUAGAAAGUGACAGCAAUUGUUAGAAAAAAUAUGACAAAUUCAUGAGCGGCUGAUCGUGUUAAUUUGUUAAUUGCUUCAAAAAUCUUGGAUAUAACUUGUAAUUGGCUAAAAAAUUGCUGGAAUAAGUUAAUUCAUUUAAUCAGCGUCUAACAGCAGUGAAAGAUGCCGCAAGCUCGGCGCAAAACACCCUUCAGUGGGAAAGCUAAGAAGCAACAGCUGCAGAGUAAAAAGCAAAAUAAGACACUGUUGAUGUCCACAUCCGGAGGCACAACAGCGUACGACGUAGUGUCAGUGAAUUACCAACCGAACAAGCGAGGCGGACGCGAUACCAACAGAUACGCUCUCAAGUUCUACCGGGAGAACGAUGACGAGCUGAGGCUUAAGAAGGAGGACGCACUAAAAGAACUUCGGCCAGUGUUAGAGAAAGAUUUAGAAGUGGACCCUGCGGACUACUUCCCUACCGAGUUGUCAUUCCCCAAGAGACCGCCAUGGGACUUCAACAUGAGUCCCGCACAACUAGACGCACAGGAGCAGAGGUAUUUCAAGAAUUACGUCGACACACUCCAAGCUUCGGAACACUGGAAGGACAUGUCUUACUUCGAGCUGAACUUGGAGACCUGGAGGCAGCUGUGGAGAGUUCUAGAAAUGUGCGAUAUACUGCUACUUAUCGUCGACGUUAGAUACGCUGGUAUGAUGUUCCCCCCCUCCCUGUACUCGUACAUCCAAGAACAGAACAAGCACAUGAUCCUCGUGCUGAACAAGAUAGACUUAGUUCCUCCGUCAGUGGCGGCGGCAUGGAAGCAAUACUUGACAGAGACGUGUCCUGCGCUCACCGUGCUGUACUUUACUUCCUGUGUCGCUUACAAUCUUACUGGGAAUACCGCUGAUAAAGCCGGUCUACAAAUCCGUCGUCGCAAAGGCAAACAGCGCAUGUGCGUGGAAGGCGCUACUAAGAUCUUAGAAGCCUGCAAGGAGAUCGUGAAGGGAGAAGUAGACCUGUCUUCUUGGGAGAAGAAGAUCAAAGAAGAGACUGAUGUCGAGUUUGAUUAUGAUGAAGCGGCUACAGUUGGUGAAACAAUCCUAGAGAAACCCGACACAUCGUACUACAGUCACGAGCGGUACAAGUCGGGCGUCCUAUCGAUCGGUUGUGUCGGCCAACCCAAUGUCGGCAAGUCGUCGCUGCUGAACGCGCUGAUGGGCCGCAGUGUCGUGUCCGUCUCCAAGACACCCGGACACACUAAACACUUCCAGACUAUUUACUUGACACCACAGGUCCGUCUAUGCGACUGUCCCGGUCUGGUCUUCCCGUCUAAAGUGCCCCGGCCCAUACAAAUUCUGAUGGGGUCUUACCCUAUCGCGCAGCUGAGGGAGCCUUACACCGCUAUCAGAUAUAUAGCAGAACGGCUGGACCUACCCAAGUUGCUGCGUAUAGAGCACCCGGAAGGAGACGACAGCUGGUCGCCGCGGGACAUCUGCGACGGAUGGGCUAAGAAGCGCAGUUAUUUCACUGCUAAAGCGGCCAGGUUAGACACAUACAGAGCAGCUAACAGUCUAUUAAGAAUGGCGCUAGACGGCAGGAUUUGUCUAUGGUUGAGGCCGCCCGGAUUCGCUGAAAAUAGAGAAAAAUACGAAAACUGCGAAGAAAUAAAAUACAUCAAAUGGGUGCGAGCUAUCACCGAUGACACCACACUCAAGUCAGACGAUCUGAACACGUCAGAGUCAGACGGAGACAGACAUUCUGAUAGUUCUGACGCAGACGAUGACAGCAGUGACGAUGAUGAGACCGCCGCUAUUGCGAAUAAAUUCGCGGCCUUAGCGGGUGAUGACUGAAAAAAUGAUGAAGAUGAUGAUGUAAAAAUGAUGAAAUUUUGUCAUUAACGUGAAAUGUGUUUGUUUGUUGUACGAUUUUAAUACGUAUUUUUUGUGUUAUGAAUUAUACCUACUCAACCUAUUUAAAAAUAAAAAUAUUAACUGAA